CCAGACCCCAAUUCUCGGACAGCGGAGGGGGGGAGGAGGAAGCAUGCAUCAACCGAGGCACAUCAUUCGGCAAACGUCAUGAAAAUCAUCAUUCCCCAGCCAGAGCCGAAUCAUUCUCGCGCCCCAACAACCAAAACAUCCCCGGCCUGCUUCAUUUAGGGUCAUUAUUUCCCCCCUUUUCACAACCUUAUUUCCCCUUUGUCUCCCAUACAUUCCCCACCUUCCACUCAUUGCCGUUUAUUUGUAUUUGAUAUACAGAAGUCGCUCUCUGUUGAUUGUCCGGUCUAUGCGGUUACUGAUUUGACCCUUGAAGAUCAUCCUAUCUCGUUCUAGUUGGCAAAUCCACUCGAUAUUACAACGUCUUCUUACAUCUUCCCCCUCUCAAUCAGCAUCCCCAAUAUGUCUCAACCAAGAAGCGAAGGACAAGCGAAGGUGGUGGCGGCUGUUCAGCAAGGCGACAAUAUUGCUCAUGCUUUGGCCGGCGCAGGCGGUGGCAUUCUUUCGAUGGUCCUGACUUAUCCUUUAAUUACCCUCUCAACCAGAGCCCAGGUUGAAUCCAAGCGUGCGCAGUCAACUACCGUGGAUGCCAUCCGUCGCAUCGUCCAGCGGGAGGGCUUCGGGGGACUUUAUUCCGGUCUCGAGUCCGCGCUUUUUGGCAUCAGUGUCACCAACUUCGUGUACUACUACUGGUAUGAAUGGACGCGCUCAGCAUUCGAAAGGGCCGCCGACAAGGCUGGCCGCGCCUCGAAGAAACUCACGACAGUCGAGUCUAUGAUCGCGGGGGCUAUCGCGGGCAGCGCAACGGUCCUGCUUACCAACCCCAUCUGGGUCGUCAACACCAGAAUGACGGCUCGCAAGGCCGAACCCGAGGGACAGACGGCCGAGAAGAAGCAACGGACCUCGACGAUCAGCACCCUUAUGGAACUCCUGCAGAAAGAGGGCCCCAAGGCCCUGUUCGCCGGUGUUCUGCCAGCUCUUGUGCUGGUGAUCAACCCCAUCCUCCAAUAUACCAUUUUCGAACAACUUAAGAACAUGGUGGAGCGCCGGAGACGCAUGACCCCGAAGGAUGCCUUUUACCUUGGCGCCCUGGGCAAAAUCCUUGCCACCUCGAUCACAUACCCUUAUAUCACCAUCAAGAGCCGAGCGCACGUUGCCAGCAGGGAUGGCCCCAAGGAGAGCCUGAACGGCAGCCUGAAGAGGAUCAUUAAGGAAGAGGGUUAUGUGGGAUUGUACAAAGGUAUCGGACCCAAGGUCACUCAGAGUGCUAUCACGGCAGCAUUCUUGUUCGCUUUCAAGGAUGUCUUAUAUGACAUGAUGAUCUCUUUGCGUAAGAGAGGUAAGGUUUCCCGGUAAGGAUAGCAAUGUGAGAAGGCUGGCUGUGAAAAAAGUGUCGAAGGGAAAUCUUACAGAUCUCCUUUGUUGGCCGUGUAUCAUCAAUGUGUCUUUUCCAGGCUUUUAUGUUCUUGUCAUAUACCAAAUUGGCCUGAGUGUGCAUCAAAGACUUUAGUUUCCACUAUAGGCUGUGAACAAUUAUACAUAUAUAUAACUCUAUAACAUCA